CCCCCGGUUGAUUGGAAACAGCGAAGUGACGAUUGGUUGGUAACUGUGUGGUUCAUAAUGUCGGGCAGAAAGCCCCGGUCUGUGGCGAACCCUCUGGAGUCUGCAAUCACCACACCGAGUGAGAGGAUACUGAGGGAAUGUCACAAUCUCUAUGUCGACAGCGAAAACGGCUUGGUCCAAAUUGCCAGCUGCCUUGGAGUCCGGCUUCUGCCWCCGAGGAAGAAGAUUAUUGUGAUGAUAAUGGGUAACCACUCUGCAGGAAAGAGCUCCUUCAUUAACUGGUACGUUGAAGAGCACAUUCAAAAAACAGGCGUGGCCAUUGAAACCCAGGGCUUUACCUUCAUCACCAGUGGACGCAAGAGAGAAUCACUGACGGGAAAUGCGACUCUGCAUCUCUAUCCUCACUUUCGACAGCUCCUCGACUUUAAAGGAGUAAUGGACUACCUGUCGGCUGAGAUCUCUACCUCAAAGCAGAAAAAAUUCAGUCUGGUGACAUUUGUGGACACUCCUGGUCUGGUGGAUGGGGACAUGAUCUACCCGUUUGAUGUUAAUAGUGCCAUCACCUGGUUGGGAGAGCAGUCAGACCUGAUAUUYGUGUUCUUUGACCCGAUGGGCCAGGCUCUGUGCAAACGCACGCUCAACAUCGUGGAGAAGCUGAGUGAAAAAUGUGGCGACAAACUGCUGUUUUACCUCAGCAAGGCAGACGAAGCCGGCAGGGAGACAGACAGACAGAGAGUCAUGAUGCAGAUCGUCCAGGAAUUAUGCCGCCGUCCAGGUCUCAACAAAUGUGGUUUUGAAAUGCCGACAAUAUUCAUCCCCAACCCACAGAAGCCAAGCAGGUGCGUGAACCAGAUUGAUGGUGUUUGUCAGACCAUUGAGAAGACCAUCAACCAGGCAGUUCAGAAGACUUUGGAUCAGCUGGAAAAAGACAGCGACCUGAUUUGUUCCACCAUCAGCAGCAGACUGGAACAGGACAGGGCUGAUGUGUCGUACAACAAAAGUGUCCGUCUGCACUCAGUUCUGUGUGGCGCUUUGGGCCUUUUCCUUCCUUUCCUCUUCAUCCUGAGUUUCAUCGUAAACACUUUCUCCAAAGAGCAGCUGGAUGAGCUGUUUGGUGAAGGUCCUACUCGGACUGUCACAGUUUUUACUGGGAUAGUGAUGUAUUUAUGGGAGUGGAUCCCUGAAGAUGGACAAGUGGUCUUUGUGAUCACUUUUGGGGCUUUUUGCUAUCUCCUGCUUUUCCUGGCCAAGUAUUUUGCAAGCCGAGGAAAUAAAACCCUGACAAAAAAGGAGAAGAGGAAGAUGGCAGAAUACAGUGAUUAUAUUCACGAUAUUGUCAAACCUAAGAAGGCUAAACUGUAUGAGUGGUACCUGCAGCAGUGCGCAGCAGAGUAUGACCUCUGACCCCAGAGGAGGCAGGAGAUGGUCAAUAUCAGGAUUUCUUUUAUUUCUUCACACAARACCUUUCAUCUGAAUGUGUUAUUUGGCAUUUAUAAUGGAAUCUGUGGAUAUCAGUAGAACUUUGUAAGACAAUCAAUGAAACGUUCAGAUUUUCUUCCUCUGAA